GUUCGGUUGAUACAGCUGAAACCACGCACGCUAUCGCAUCCGUCAUCCUAAUCCUAUUCAAAUUUCCAAAAGGAACGGGAGUGGGCUGAGGCUGAGUGGAUAUUGUGAGAGUGGUUGGCGACGAUCGUGGCGGAGUAGUUGCUGUCUACGUACUUCACACCCCACACCCCCUUGCGCACUUUAGCAUCUCCCUCCGUGACCCCCCUUAACAUUAUGACCACCUCUCCUCUCCUCACUUACGCUCUAUUCUUCUUCUAUUUCUUUGAUUAUCAUCAUUAUUAUGUCAACUCCUCCCACACCCACCACCACUCGCCGGGUCCCGCCGCCCUGUUGGACCCACGAUGAAACUUUAGCUCUCAUCAACGCUUACUCUACUCGAUGGUUUUCGCUCAACCGGGGCAACCUCCGUACCUCCGACUGGGACGCCGUCUCCUCUGACGUUUCCGCUGCUAAUCUCGCGACUCCCAAGUCCUCCAUUCAGUGCCGCCACAAGAUCGAGAAGUUACGGAAACGAUACCGUUCAGAGAAACAGCGCUCUCUCGCUGUGCCAGGUCGCUUCGUUUCUUCUUGGGAUCUUUUUCCUUUGUUGGAUUCUAUGAAUUUUGCCUCAUCCUCAACCGCUGCCUUUCAUAAUCGAGAUUGUGAUGUUUUCGGUCAGAAGAUUGCUGAUGGCGAAGGGUUUCGCUCAAAAAAAGUGAAUGAGAAGAAGUCUAUGAUUAAAUAUGGGAAGAUUGAAGGUGAGUUGAAUCAAAGUUUGGGUUUUAAUCCUGAUUUAGGACGUGGGUUUAAAAGGAAUUAUGGAAAAAUGGGUUUUGAUGAUGAUGAAUUUGGAGAUGGAAUUGGUCUAAAAAUUUUAGGUGAUGGUAAUAUGGUUAACUCACAGUCUAGGGCAAAGGAUUACGUGGAGACAAAUGGUGAUUUGAGGUUCAGUGUUGGUUAUGAUCAUGAUUUUGCAGUUGGGUUUGAUGUGAAAAUGCAACAUGAUAGGAAUUUUGUGCCUCAUAAAUUGAAAAGUUAUAGGAAGAUUGAUGAUUACAAUAUGAAUGGGUUUCCUGUUGAAACCCUAGGUGAGAGGAUUUUGGUGCCACCGUCAGGGUUUAAGUUAAAAAAUUAUAGCAAAAUUGAUGGUAAUUUUAACAUUAAUUCCCAUUCUGAUAAUGAGGCUGAUUAUGUGGCUGGUAAUAGAAGCGAGUUUUAUGCUAAAACCUUUCAUUACAGGGAUUUUGUAUCCUUGGGGAGUAGGUUGAAGAGUUGUGGUAGUGUUGAUAGGAAUUUGAAUUCCAAUGUCAACAUUGACGGUGAAAAUGAGUAUGGCUCUUCAUUAAGAAUGAAGUUUGGGAAGAAGAACAGAAGUAGUGGGCUUAAGAGAGGUUUUGAUCCAUUCGAGGAGUUGGUUUCGUCAAUUACAUUGUUGACAGAAAGGUUUUUGAAGAUGGAGAAGAUGAAGAUGGACGUGGCAAGGGAGACUCAGAAACUACGGAUGGAGACAGAGAGGAAGCAAAACCAGACGAUGCUUGAAUCACAGCAAUACAUUUUGGAUGCUUUUGUGACAGGGUUGUCGGAAAACAAGAAGAAGAGGAAGGUGAAGGUGAAGGUAGAGGUGGUGUGACCUACCAGAUUGGGGCACGGAGAGGAGAUGUAAUUGGGGGGAUACUUGAAUAAUGAAAGUGAACUAUGGAUAAAGGAGGUUAGCUGACACAAUGGAGUAGCGUUUUUUGGUUGUUCAUUUUUCAAAUUUUCUGGAAGAAGGAACACUUAGAAUGGCGUUCCUUUGUCAUCACAUUAAGUUUUGGGAUAUUAUGCUAUUUUCUGAAGGUGGGUGACCAAUAGUUUGAGCAGUAAGUUUUGAUCUUUGGUGCUCGCUAGUUAAUCUGAGUUUUGUCAAUUCUUGGUUUCCUUCCUUAUUUUUAGACUCAUAGGAUGCUCAAAAACAUUUCAUGAGAUGAAUUGCUUUUUUCUUACAUACA